AACAUCGCGAGCUGCGGAGAAUUCGGAAGCCAAGGCACCGAGGACUUUGACGACAUCAUUCAGAGUCUGAUACAAGCCCAGACCAUGGGAAAAGGCCGGCAUGACACCAAAGCCAAGACUAAAGCCAUGCAGAUGGCUCUGGCCUCCUCGAUCGCCGAGCUGAUAGUGGAGGAGAGCGGCGGUGUGAACAUGCAGGAAAAGACCAACGCGGCGAUAAAUGCCUUGAGGAGCGCCUUGAUGUCCACAACUGGGCAAGUGGACGAGAGUUUCGUCAGCGAAAUUAUAGAACUCGUCAACCUCUUCUCUCAAGAGCAGUUCAACGAGGUAGACACCGGUUCAUCAAGACAGUACUCUCAGUCCUCAACAGGUGGCGGUCAGGGAGGAGCUCCGACUGUUACCGAAAAGGUUACGGUCAGCGUUGGUGGAGGUGGCGGUGGUGCCCUUCAACCCUCAGGUGGGGCCGGACCUUAUGGCCCAGGUGGAGCAGGACCCGGUGGAGCCGGAGGUUACGGACCAGGAGGAGCUGGGCCUUAUGGACCUGGUGGAUCAGGACCAGGAGGAGCCGGGCCUUAUGGACCUGGUGGCUCAGGACCAGGAGGAGCCGGACCUUAUGGACCAGGAGGAGCCGGUAGCCCAGGUGGAUUCGGACCAGGAGCCGCAGGUGCUGGAAGACCCGGAGGAGCUGGAGGAGUAGGACCAGGUGGAGCUGGAGGGUAUGGACCCGGUGGAUCCGGACCUUAUGGACCAGGAGGAGCUGGACCAGGUGGUGCUGGACCGGGUGGAGCCGGACCUUAUGGACCAGGAGGAUCUGGACCAGGAGGAGCUGGACCAGGUGGAGCUGGACCAGGUGGAGCUGGACCAGGUGGAGCUGGACCAGGUGGAGCUGGACCGGGUGGAGCUGGACCAGGUGGUGCUGGACCAGGAGGUGCUGGACCAGGAGGUGCUGGACCAGGAGGAGAAGGACCUGGAGGUUCUGGACCAGGUGGUGCUGGAUUUGGACCUGGAGGAGCAUCUGCCGGACCUUAUGGCCCAGGUGGAUCAGGACCCGGUGGAGCCGGAGGUUACGGACCAGGAGGAGCCGGACCUUAUGGACCUGGUGGAUCAGGACCAGGAGGAGCCGGGCCUUAUGGACCUGGUGGAUCUGGACCAGGAGGAGCCGGGCCUUAUGGACCUGGUGGCUCAGGACCAGGAGGAGCCGGACCUUAUGGACCAGGAGGAGUCGGUGGCCCAGGUGGAUUCGGACCAGGAGCCGGAGGAGCUGGAGGAGUAGGACCAGGUGGAGCUGGAGGGUAUGGACCCGGUGGAUCCGGACCUUAUGGACCAGGAGGAGCUGGACCAGGUGGUGCUGGACCGGGUGGAGCCGGACCUUAUGGACCAGGAGGAUCUGGACCAGGAGGAUCUGGACCAGGUGGAGCUGGACCAGGUGGAGCUGGACCAGGUGGAGCUGGACCGGGUGGAGCUGGACCAGGUGGUGCUGGACCAGGAGGUGCUGGAGGAGAGGGUCCCAUAACAGUGGAUGUCGAUGUGACUAUUUACCCUGAAGGAGAAGGACCUGGAGGUUCUGGACCAGGUGGUGCUGGAUUUGGACCUGGAGGAGCAUCUGGUAGGCCAGGAGGUCCUGGAGGAGCGUAUGGACCAGGAGGAGCAGGUGGAGCCGGACCUUAUGGCCCAGGUGGAUCAGGACCCGGUGGAGCCGGAGGUUACGGACCAGGAGGAGCCGGGCCUUAUGGACCUGGUGGAUCAGGACCAGGAGGAGCCGGGCCUUAUGGACCUGGUGGCUCAGGACCAGGAGGAGCCGGACCUUAUGGACCAGAAGGAGUCGGUGGUCCAGGUGGAUUCGGACCAGGAGCCGGAGGUGCUGGAGGACCUUACGGACCCGGAGGUGCUGGAGGACCCGGAGGUUCAGGAGCUGGAGGAGUAGGACCAGGUGGAGCUGGAGGGUAUGGACCCGGUGGAUCCGGACCUUAUGGACCAGGAGGAGCUGGACCAGGUGGUGCUGGACCGGGUGGAGCCGGACCUUAUGGACCAGGAGGAUCUGGACCAGGAGGAUCUGGACCAGGUGGAGCUGGACCAGGUGGAGCUGGACCAGGUGGAGCUGGACCGGGUGGAGCUGGACCAGGUGGUGCUGGACCAGGAGGUGCUGGAGGAGAGGAAGGACCUGGAGGUUCUGGACCAGGUGGUGCUGGAUUUGGACCUGGAGGAGCAUCUGGUAGGCCAGGAGGUCCUGGAGGAGCGUAUGGACCAGGAGGAGCAGGUGGAGCCGGACCUUAUGGCCCAGGUGGAUCAGGACCCGGUGGAGCCGGAGGUUACGGACCAGGAGGAGCCGGGCCUUAUGGACCUGGUGGAUCAGGACCAGGAGGAGCUGGGCCUUAUGGACCUGGUGGAUCUGGACCAGGAGGAGCCGGGCCUUAUGGACCUGGUGGCUCAGGACCAGGAGGAGCCGGACCUUAUGGACCAGAAGGAGUCGGUGGUCCAGGUGGAUUCGGACCAGGAGCCGGAGGUGCUGGAGGACCUUACGGACCCGGAGGUGCUGGAGGACCCGGAGGAGUAGGACCAGGUGGAGCUGGAGGGUAUGGACCCGGUGGAUCCGGACCUUAUGGACCAGGAGGAGCUGGACCAGGUGGUGCUGGACCGGGUGGAGCCGGACCUUAUGGACCAGGAGGAUCUGGACCAGGAGGAUCUGGACCAGGUGGAGCUGGACCAGGUGGAGCUGGACCAGGUGGAGCUGGACCGGGUGGAGCUGGACCAGGUGGUGCUGGACCAGGAGGUGCUGGAGGAGAGGGUCCCAUAACAGUGGAUGUCGAUGUGACUAUUUACCCUGAAGGAGAAGGACCUGGAGGUUCUGGACCAGGUGGUGCUGGAUUUGGACCUGGAGGAGCAUCUGGUAGGCCAGGAGGUCCUGGAGGAGCGUAUGGACCAGGAGCAGGUGGAGCCGGACCUUAUGGCCCAGGUGGAUCAGGACCCGGUGGAGCCGGAGGUUACGGACCAGGAGGAGCCGGGCCUUAUGGACCUGGUGGAUCAGGACCAGGAGGAGCUGGGCCUUAUGGACCUGGUGGAUCUGGACCAGGAGGAGCCGGGCCUUAUGGACCUGGUGGCUCAGGACCAGGAGGAGCCGGACCUUAUGGACCAGAAGGAGUCGGUGGUCCAGGUGGAUUCGGACCAGGAGCCGGAGGUGCUGGAGGACCUUACGGACCCGGAGGUGCUGGAGGACCCGGAGGUAGAUUUUAUUUCAUUUCUUUCUUCACACCGCUCACUGGAGGAGUAGGACCAGGUGGAGCUGGAGGGUAUGGACCCGGUGGAUCCGGACCUUAUGGACCAGGAGGAGCUGGACCAGGUGGUGCUGGACCGGGUGGAGCCGGACCUUAUGGACCAGGAGGAUCUGGACCAGGAGGAUCUGGACCAGGUGGAGCUGGACCAGGUGGAGCUGGACCAGGUGGAGCUGGACCGGGUGGAGCUGGACCAGGAGGUGCUGGAGGAGAGGGUCCCAUAACUGUGGAUGUCGAUGUGACUAUUUACCCUGAAGGAGAAGGACCUGGAGGUUCUGGACCAGGUGGUGCUGGAUUUGGACCUGGAGGAGCAUCUGGUGGGCCAGGAGGUCCUGGAGGAGCGUAUGGACCAGGAGGAGCAGGUGGAGCCGGACCUUAUGGCCCAGGUGGAUCAGGACCCGGUGGAGCCGGAAGUUACGGACCAGGAGGAGCCGGGCCUUAUGGACCUGGUGGAUCAGCACCAGGAGGAGCCGGGCCUUAUGGACCUGGUGGAUCUGGACCAGGAGGAGCCGGGCUUUAUGGACCUGGUGGCUCAGGACCAGGAGGAGCCGGACCUUAUGGACCAGGAGGAGCCGGUGGCCCAGGUGGAUUCGGACCAGGAGCCGGAGGUGCUGGAGGACCUUACGGACCCGGAGGAGCUGGAGGAGUAGGACCAGGUGGAGCUGGAGGGUAUGGACCCGGUGGAUCCGGACCUUAUGGACCAGGAGGAGCUGGACCAGGUGGUGCUGGACCGGGUGGAGCCGGACCUUAUGGACCAGGAGGAUCUGGACCAGGUGGAGCUGGACCAGGUGGUGCUGGACCAGGAGCUGCUGGAGGAGAGGGUCCCAUAACUGUGGAUGUCGAUGUGACUAUUUACCCUGAAGGAGAAGGACCUGGAGGUUCUGGACCAGGUGGUGCUGGAUUUGGACCUGGAGGAGCAUCUGGAGGGCCAGGAGGUCCUGGAGGAGCGUAUGGACCAGGAGGAGCAGGUGGAGCCGGACCUUAUGGCCCAGGUGGAUCAGGACCCGGUGGAGCCGGAGGAGGAGCCGGGCCUUAUGGACCUGGUGGAUCUGGACCAGGAGAAGCCGGGCCAUAUGGACCUGGUGGCUCAGGACCAGGAGGAGCCGGACCCUAUGGACCAGGAGGAACCGGUGGCCCAGGUGGAUUCGGACCAGGAGCCGGAGGUGCUGGAGGACCUUACGGACCCGGAGGUGCUGGAGGACCCGGAGGAGCUGGAGGAGUAGGACCAGGUGGAGCUGGAGGGUAUGGACCCGGUGGAUCCGGACCUUAUGGACCAGGAGGAGCUGGACCAGGUGGUGCUGGACCGGGUGGAGCCGGACCUUAUGGACCAGGAGGAUCUGGACCAGGAGGAUCUGGACCAGGUGGAGCUGGACCAGGUGGUGCUGGACCAGGAGGUGCUGGAGGAGAGGGUCCCAUAACUGUGGAUGUCGAUGUGACUAUUUACCCUGAAGGAGAAGGACCUGGAGGUUCUGGACCAGGUGGUGCUGGAUUUGGACCUGGAGGAGCAUCUGGUGGGCCAGGAGGUCCUGGAGGAGCGUAUGGACCAGGAGGAGCAGGUGGAGCCGGACCUUAUGGCCCAGGUGGAUCAGGACCCGGUGGAGCCGGAGGAGGAGCCGGGCCUUAUGGACCUGGUGGCUCAGGACCAGGAGGAGCCGGACCUUAUGGACCAGGAGGAGCCGGUGGCCCAGGUGGAUUCGGACCAGGAGCCGGAGGUGCUGGAGGACCUUACGGACCCGGAGGUGCUGGAGGACCCGGAGGAGCUGGAGGAGUAGGACCAGGUGGAGCUGGAGGGUAUGGACCCGGUGGAUCCGGACCUUAUGGACCAGGAGGAGCUGGACCAGGUGGUGCUGGACCGGGUGGAGCCGGACCUUAUGGACCAGGAGGAUCUGGACCAGGAGGAGCUGGACCAGGUGGUGCUGGACCAGGAGGUGCUGGAGGAGAGGGUCCCAUAACAGUGGAUGUCGAUGUGACUAUUUACCCUGAAGGAGAAGGACCUGGAGGUUCUGGACCAGGUGGUGCUGGAUUUGGACCUGGAGGAGCAUCUGGUGGGCCAGGAGGUCCUGGAGGAGCGUAUGGACCAGGAGGAGCAGGUGGAGCCGGACCUUAUGGCCCAGGUGGAUCAGGACCCGGUGGAGCCGGAGGUUACGGACCAGGAGGAGCCGGGCCUUAUGGACCUGGUGGAUCAGGACCAGGAGGAGCCGGGCCUUAUGGACCUGGUGGAUCUGGACCAGGAGGAGCCGGGCCUUAUGGACCUGGUGGCUCAGGACCAGGAGGAGCCGGACCUUAUGGACCAGGAGGAGCCGGUGGCCCAGGUGGAUUCGGACCAGGAGCCGGAGGUGCUGGAGGACCUUACGGACCCGGAGGUGCUGGAGGACCCGGAGGAGUAGGACCAGGUGGAGCUGGAGGGUAUGGACCCGGUGGAUCCGGACCUUAUGGACCAGGAGGAGCUGGACCAGGUGGUGCUGGACCGGGUGGAGCCGGACCUUAUGGACCAGGAGGAUCUGGACCAGGAGGAGCUGGACCAGGUGGAGCUGGACCAGGUGGAGCUGGACCGGGUGGAGCUGGAGGAGAGGGUCCCAUAACAGUGGAUGUCGAUGUGACUAUUUACCCUGAAGGAGAAGGACCUGGAGGUUCUGGACCAGGUGGUGCUGGAUUUGGACCUGGAGGAGCAUCUGGUGGGCCAGGAGGUCCUGGAGGAGCGUAUGGACCAGGAGGUGGAGCCGGACCUUAUGGCCCAGGUGGAUCAGGACCCGGUGGAGCCGGAGGUUACGGACCAGGAGGAGCCGGGCCUUAUGGACCUGGUGGAUCAGGACCAGGAGGAGCCGGGCCUUAUGGACCUGGUGGAUCUGGACCAGGAGGAGCCGGGCCUUAUGGACCUGGUGGCUCAGGACCAGGAGGAGCCGGACCUUAUGGACCAGGAGGAGCCGGUGGCCCAGGUGGAUUCGGACCAGGAGCCGGAGGUGCUGGAGGACCUUACGGACCCGGAGGUGCUGGAGGACCCGGAGGAGCUGGAGGAGUAGGACCAGGUGGAGCUGGAGGGUAUGGACCCGGUGGAUCCGGACCUUAUGGACCAGGAGGAGCUGGACCAGGUGGUGCUGGACCGGGUGGAGCCGGACCUUAUGGACCAGGAGGAUCUGGACCAGGAGGAGCUGGACCAGGUGGAGCUGGACCAGGUGCAGCUGGACCAGGUGGAGCUGGACCGGGUGGAGCUGGACCAGGUGGUGCUGGACCAGGAGGUGCUGGACCAGGAGGUGCUGGAGGAGAGGGUCCCAUAACAGUGGAUGUCGAUGUGACUAUUUACCCUGAAGGAGAAGGACCUGGAGGUUCUGGACCAGGUGGUGCUGGAUUUGGACCUGGAGGAGCAUCUGGUGGGCCAGGAGGUCCUGGAGGAGCGUAUGGACCAGGAGGAGCAGGUGGAGCCGGACCUUAUGGCCCAGGUGGAUCAGGACCCGGUGGAGCCGGAGGUUACGGACCAGGAGGAGCCGGGCCUUAUGGACCUGGUGGAUCAGGACCAGGAGGAGCCGGGCCUUAUGGACCUGGUGGAUCUGGACCAGGAGGAGCCGGGCCUUAUGGACCUGGUGGCUCAGGACCAGGAGGAGCCGGACCUUAUGGACCAGGAGGAGCCGGUGGUCCAGGUGGAUUCGGACCAGGAGCCGGAGGUGCUGGAGGACCUUACGGACCCGGAGGUGCUGGAGGACCCGGAGGAGCUGGAGGAGGUGCUGGACCAGGUGGAGCCGGACCUUAUGGACCAGGAGGAUCUGGACCAGGAGGAGCUGGACCAGGUGGAGCUGGACCAGGUGGAGCUGGACCAGGUGGAGCUGGACCAGGUGGAGCUGGACCAGGUGGAGCUGGACCAGGUGGAGCUGGACCGGGUGGAGCUGGACCAGGUGGUGCUGGACCAGGAGGUGCUGGACCAGGAGGUGCUGGAGGAGAGGGUCCCAUAACAGUGGAUGUCGAUGUGACUAUUUACCCUGAAGGAGAAGGACCUGGAGGUUCUGGACCAGGUGGUGCUGGAUUUGGACCUGGAGGAGCAUCUGGUGGGCCAGGAGGUCCUGGAGGAGCGUAUGGACCAGGAGGAGCAGGUGGAGCCGGACCUUUUGGCCCAGGUGGAUCAGGACCCGGUGGAGCCGGAGGUUACGGACCAGGAGGAGCCGGGCCUUAUGGACCUGGUGGAUCAGGACCAGGAGGAGCCGGGCCUUAUGGACCUGGUGGAUCUGGACCAGGAGGAGCCGGGCCUUAUGGACCUGGUGGCUCAGGACCAGGAGGAGCCGGACCUUAUGGACCAGGAGGAGCCGGUGGCCCAGGUGGAUUCGGACCAGGAGCCGGAGGUGCUGGAGGACCUUACGGACCCGGAGGUGCUGGAGGACAUGGAGCUGGAGGAGUAGGACCAGGUGGAGCUGGAGGGUAUGGACCCGGUGGAUCCGGACCUUAUGGACCAGGAGGAGCUGGACCAGGUGGUGCUGGACCGGGUGGAGCCGGACCUUAUGGACCAGGAGGAUCUGGACCAGGAGGAGCUGGACCAGGUGGAGCUGGACCAGGUGGAGCUGGACCAGGUGGAGCUGGACCAGGUGGAGCUGGACCGGGUGGAGCUGGACCAGGUGGUGCUGGACCAGGAGGUGCUGGACCAGGAGGUGCUGGAGGAGAGGGUCCCAUAACAGUGGAUGUCGAUGUGACUAUUUACCCUGAAGGAGAAGGACCUGGAGGUUCUGGACCAGGUGGUGCUGGAUUUGGACCUGGAGGAGCAUCUGGUGGGCCAGGAGGUCCUGGAGGAGCGUAUGGACCAGGAGGAGCAGGUGGAGCCGGACCUUAUGGCCCAGGUGGAUCAGGACCCGGUGGAGCCGGAGGUUACGGACCAGGAGGAGCCGGGCCUUAUGGACCUGGUGGAUCAGGACCAGGAGGAGCCGGGCCUUAUGGACCUGGUGGAUCUGGACCAGGAGGAGCCGGGCCUUAUGGACCUGGUGGCUCAGGACCAGGAGGAGCCGGACCUUAUGGACCAGGAGGAGCCGGUGGUCCAGGUGGAUUCGGACCAGGAGCCGGAGGUGCUGGAGGACCUUACGGACCCGGAGGUGCUGGAGGACCCGGAGGAGUAGGACCAGGUGGAGCUGGAGGGUAUGGACCCGGUGGAUCCGGACCUUAUGGACCAGGAGGAGCUGGACCAGGUGGUGCUGGACCGGGUGGAGCCGGACCUUAUGGACCAGGAGGAUCUGGACCAGGAGGAGCUGGACCAGGUGGAGCUGGACCAGGUGGAGCUGGACCAGGUGGAGCUGGACCAGGUGGAGCUGGACCAGGUGGAGCUGGACCGGGUGGAGCUGGACCAGGUGGUGCUGGACCAGGAGGUGCUGGACCAGGAGGUGCUGGAGGAGAGGGUCCCAUAACAGUGGAUGUCGAUGUGACUAUUUACCCUGAAGGAGAAGGACCUGGAGGUUCUGGACCAGGUGGUGCUGGAUUUGGACCUGGAGGAGCAUCUGGUGGGCCAGGAGGUCCUGGAGGAGCGUAUGGACCAGGAGGUGGAGCCGGACCUUAUGGCCCAGGUGGAUCAGGACCCGGUGGAGCCGGAGGUUACGGACCAGGAGGAGCCGGGCCUUAUGGACCUGGUGGAUCAGGACCAGGAGGAGCCGGGCCUUAUGGACCUGGUGGAUCUGGACCAGGAGGAGCCGGGCCUUAUGGACCUGGUGGCUCAGGACCAGGAGGAGCCGGACCUUAUGGACCAGGAGGAGCCGGUGGCCCAGGUGGAUUCGGACCAGGAGCCGGAGGUGCUGGAGGACCUUACGGACCCGGAGGUGCUGGAGGACCCGGAGGAGCUGGAGGAGUAGGACCAGGUGGAGCUGGAGGGUAUGGACCCGGUGGAUCCGGACCUUAUGGGCCAGGUGGUGCUGGACCGGGUGGAGCCGGACCUUAUGGACCAGGAGGAUCUGGACCAGGAGGAGCUGGACCAGGUGGAGCUGGACCAGGUGGAGCUGGACCAGGUGGAGCUGGACCGGGUGGAGCUGGACCAGGUGGUGCUGGACCAGGAGGUGCUGGACCAGGAGGUGCUGGAGGAGAGGGUCCCAUAACAGUGGAUGUCGAUGUGACUAUUUACCCUGAAGGAGAAGGACCUGGAGGUUCUGGACCAGGUGGUGCUGGAUUUGGACCUGGAGGAGCAUCUGGUGGGCCAGGAGGUCCUGGAGGAGCGUAUGGACCAGGAGGUGGAGCCGGACCUUAUGGCCCAGGUGGAUCAGGACCCGGUGGAGCCGGAGGUUACGGACCAGGAGGAGCCGGGCCUUAUGGACCUGGUGGAUCAGGACCAGGAGGAGCCGGGCCUUAUGGACCUGGUGGAUCUGGACCAGGAGGAGCCGGGCCUUAUGGACCUGGUGGCUCAGGACCAGGAGGAGCCGGACCUUAUGGACCAGGAGGAGCCGGUGGCCCAGGUGGAUUCGGACCAGGAGCCGGAGGUGCUGGAGGACCCGGAGCUGGAGGAGUAGGACCAGGUGGAGCUGGAGGGUAUGGACCCGGUGGAUCCGGACCUUAUGGACCAGGAGGAGCUGGACCAGGUGGUGCUGGACCGGGUGGAGCCGGACCUUAUGGACCAGGAGGAUCUGGACCAGGAGGAGCUGGACCAGGUGGAGCUGGACCAGGUGGAGCUGGACCGGGUGGAGCUGGACCAGGAGGUGCUGGACCAGGAGGUGCUGGAGGAGAGGGUCCCAUAACAGUGGAUGUCGAUGUGACUAUUUACCCUGAAGGAGAAGGACCUGGAGGUUCUGGACCAGGUGGUGCUGGAUUUGGGCCUGGAGGAGCAUCUGGUGGGCCAGGAGGUCCUGGAGGAGCGUAUGGACCAGGAGGUCCUGGAGGAGCGUAUGAACCAGGAGGCGGAGCCGGACCUUAUGGCCCAGGUGGAUCAGGACCCGGUGGAGCCGGAGGUUACGGACCAGGAGGAGCCGGGCCUUAUGGACCUGGUGGAUCAGGACCAGGAGGAGCCGGGCCUUAUGGACCUGGUGGAUCUGGACCAGGAGGAGCCGGGCCUUAUGGACCUGGUGGCUCAGGACCAGGAGGAGCCGGACCUUAUGGACCAGGAGGAGCCGGUGGCACAGGUGGAUUCGGACCAGGAGCCGGAGGUGCUGGAGGACCUUACGGACCCGGAGGUGCUGGAGGACCCGGAGGAGCUGGAGGAGUAGGACCAGGUGGAGCUGGAGGGUAUGGACCCGGUGGAUCCGGACCUUAUGGACCAGGAGGAGCUGGACCAGGUGGUGCUGGACCGGGUGGAGCCGGACCUUAUGGACCAGGAGGAUCUGGACCAGGAGGAGCUGGACCAGGUGGAGCUGGACCAGGUGGAGCUGGACCGGGUGGAGCUGGACCAGGUGGUGCUGGACCAGGAGGUGCUGGAGGAGAGGGUCCCAUAACAGUGGAUGUCGAUGUGACUAUUUACCCUGAAGGAGAAGGACCUGGAGGUUCUGGACCAGGUGGUGCUGGAUUUGGACCUGGAGGAGCAUCUGGUGGGCCAGGAGGUCCUGGAGGAGCGUAUGGACCAGGAGGAGCAGGUGGAGCCGGACCUUAUGGCCCAGGUGGAUCAGGACCCGGUGGAGCCGGAGGUUACGGACCAGGAGGAGCCGGGCCUUAUGGACCUGGUGGAUCAGGACCAGGAGGAGCCGGGCCUUAUGGACCUGGUGGAUCUGGACCAGGAGGAGCCGGGCCUUAUGGACCUGGUGGCUCAGGACCAGGAGGAGCCGGACCUUAUGGACCAGGAGGAGCCGGUGGCCCAGGUGGAUUCGGACCAGGAGCCGGAGGUGCUGGAGGACCUUACGGACCCGGAGGUGCUGGAGGACCCGGAGGUAGAUUUUAUUUCAUUUCUUUCUUCACACCGCUCACUGGAGGAGUAGGACCAGGUGGAGCUGGAGGGUAUGGACCCGGUGGAUCCGGACCUUAUGGACCAGGAGGAGCUGGACCAGGUGGUGCUGGACCGGGUGGAGCCGGACCUUAUGGACCAGGAGGAUCUGGACCAGGAGGAGCUGGACCAGGUGAAGCUGGACCAGGUGGAGCUGGACCAGGUGGAGCUGGACCGGGUGGAGCUGGACCAGGCGGUGCUGGACCAGGAGGUGCUGGACCAGGAGGUGCUGGAGGAGAGGAAGGACCUGGAGGUUCUGGACCAGGUGGUGCUGGAUUUGGACCUGGAGGAGCAUCUGGUGGGCCAGGAGGUCCUGGAGGAGCGUAUGGACCAGGAGGAGCAGGUGGAGCCGGACCUUAUGGCCCAGGUGGAUCAGGACCCGGUGGAGCCGGAGGUUACGGACCAGGAGGAGCCGGGCCUUAUGGACCUGGUGGAUCAGGACCAGGAGGAGCCGGGCCUUAUGGACCUGGUGGAUCUGGACCAGGAGGAGCCGGGCCUUAUGGACCUGGUGGCUCAGGACCAGGAGGAGCCGGACCUUAUGGACCAGGAGGAGCCGGUGGCCCAGGUGGAUUCGGACCAGGAGCCGGAGGUGCUGGAGGACCUUACGGACCCGGAGGUGCUGGAGGACCCGGAGGAGUAGGACCAGGUGGAGCUGGAGGGUAUGGACCCGGUGGAUCCGGACCUUAUGGACCAGGAGGAGCUGGACCAGGUGGUGCUGGACCGGGUGGAGCCGGACCUUAUGGACCAGGAGGAUCUGGACCAGGAGGAGCUUUACCAGGUGGAGCUGGACCAGGUGGAGCUGGACCAGGUGGAGCUGGACCAGGUGGAGCUGGACCAGGUGGUGCUGGACCAGGAGGUGCUGGACCAGGAGGUGCUGGAGGAGAGGGUCCCAUAACAGUGGAUGUCGAUGUGACUAUUUACCCUGAAGGAGAAGGAUCUGGAGGUUCUGGACCAGGUGGUGCUGGAUUUGGGCCUGGAGGAGCAUCUGGUGGGCCAGGAGGUCCUGGAGGAGCGUAUGGACCAGGAGGUCCUGGAGGAGCGUAUGAACCAGGAGGAGCAGGUGGAGCCGGACCUUAUGGCCCAGGUGGAUCAGGACCCGGUGGAGCCGGAGGUUACGGACCAGGAGGAGCCGGGCCUUAUGGACCUGGUGGAUCAGGACCAGGAGGAGCCGGGCCUUAUGGACCUGGUGGAUCUGGACCAGGAGGAGCCGGGCCUUAUGGACCUGGUGGCUCAGGACCAGGAGGAGCCGGACCUUAUGGACCAGGAGGAGCCGGUGGUCCAGGUGGAUUCGGACCAGGAGCCGGAGGUGCUGGAGGACCUUACGGACCCGGAGGUGCUGGAGGACCCGGAGGAGCUGGAGGAGUAGGACCAGGUGGAGCUGGAGGGUAUGGACCCGGUGGAUCCGGACCUUAUGGACCAGGAGGAGCUGGACCAGGUGGUGCUGGACCGGGUGGAACCGGACCUUAUGGACCAGGAGGAUCUGGACCAGGAGGAGCUGGACCAGGUGGAGCUGGACCAGGUGGAGCUGGACCAGGUGGAGCUGGACCAGGUGGAGCUGGACCGGGUGGAGCUGGACCAGGUGGUGCUGGACCAGGAGGUGCUGGACCAGGAGGUGCUGGAGGAGAGGGUCCCAUAACAGUGGAUGUCGAUGUGACUAUUUACCCUGAAGGAGAAGGACCUGGAGGUUCUGGACCAGGUGGUGCUGGAUUUGGACCUGGAGGAGCAUCUGGUGGGCCAGGAGGUCCUGGAGGAGCGUAUGGACCAGGAGCAGGUGGAGCCGGACCUUAUGGCCCAGGUGGAUCAGGACCCGGUGGAGCCGGAGGUUACGGACCAGGAGGAGCCGGGCCUUAUGGACCUGGUGGAUCAGGACCAGGAGGAGCCGGGCCUUAUGGACCUGGUGGAUCUGGACCAGGAGGAGCCGGGCCUUAUGGACCUGGUGGCUCAGGACCAGGAGGAGCCGAUGGCCCAGGUGGAUUCGGACCAGGAGCCGGAGGUGCUGGAGGACCUUACGGACCCGGAGGUGCUGGAGGACCCGGAGGAGCUGGAGGAGUAGGACCAGGUGGAGCUGGAGGGUAUGGACCCGGUGGAUCCGGACCUUAUGGACCAGGAGGAGCUGGACCAGGUGGUGCUGGACCGGGUGGAGCCGGACCUUAUGGACCAGGAGGAUCUGGACCAGGAGGAGCUGGACCAGGUGGAGCUGGACCGGGUGGAGCUGGACCAGGUGGUGCUGGACCAGGAGGUGCUGGACCAGGAGGUGCUGGAGGAGAGGAAGGACCUGGAGGUUCUGGACCAGGUGGUGCUGGAUUUGGACCUGGAGGAGCAUCUGGUGGGCCAGGAGGUCCUGGAGGAGCGUAUGGACCAGGAGGUGGAGCCGGACCUUAUGGCCCAGGUGGAUCAGGACCCGGUGGAGCCGGAGGUUACGGACCAGGAGGAGCCGGGCCUUAUGGACCUGGUGGAUCAGGACCAGGAGGACCCGGGCCUUAUGGACCUGGUGGAUCUGGACCAGGAGGAGCCGGGCCUUAUGGACCUGGUGGCUCAGGACCAGGAGGAGCCGGACCUUAUGGACCAGGAGGAGCCGGUGGCCCAGGUGGAUUCGGACCAGGAGCCGGAGGUGCUGGAGGACCUUACGGACCCGGAGGUGCUGGAGGACCCGGAGGAGCUGGAGGAGUAGGACCAGGUGGAGCUGGAGGGUAUGGACCCGGUGGAUCCGGACCUUAUGGACCAGGAGGAGCUGGACCAGGUGGUGCUGGACCGGGUGGAGCCGGACCUUAUGGACCAGGAGGAUCUGGACCAGGAGGAGCUGGACCAGGUGGUGCUGGACCAGGAGGUGCUGGACCAGGAGGUGCUGGAGGAGAGGGUCCCAUAACAGUGGAUGUCGAUGUGACUAUUUACCCUGAAGGAGAAGGACCUGGAGGUUCUGGACCAGGUGGUGCUGGAUUUGGACCUGGAGGAGCAUCUGGUGGGCCAGGAGGUCCUGGAGGAGCGUAUGGACCAGGAGGAGCAGGUGGAGCCGGACCUUAUGGCCCAGGUGGAUCAGGACCCGGUGGAGCCGGAGGAGGAGCCGGGCCUUAUGGACCUGGUGGCUCAGGACCAGGAGGAGCCGGACCUUAUGGACCAGGAGGAGCCGGUGGCCCAGGUGGAUUCGGACCAGGAGCCGGAGGUGCUGGAGGACCUUACGGACCCGGAGGUGCUGGAGGACCCGGAGGAGCUGGAGGAGUAGGACCAGGUGGAGCUGGAGGGUAUGGACCCGGUGGAUCCGGACCUUAUGGACCAGGAGGAGCUGGACCAGGUGGUGCUGGACCGGGUGGAGCCGGACCUUAUGGACCAGGAGGAUCUGGACCAGGAGGAGCUGGACCAGGUGGUGCUGGACCAGGAGGUGCUGGACCAGGAGGUGCUGGAGGAGAGGGUCCCAUAACAGUGGAUGUCGAUGUGACUAUUUACCCUGAAGGAGAAGGACCUGGAGGUUCUGGACCAGGUGGUGCUGGAUUUGGACCUGGAGGAGCAUCUGGUGGGCCAGGAGGUCCUGGAGGAGCGUAUGGACCAGGAGGAGCAGGUGGAGCCGGACCUUAUGGCCCAGGUGGAUCAGGACCCGGUGGAGCCGGAGGAGGAGCCGGGCCUUAUGGACCUGGUGGCUCAGGACCAGGAGGAGCCGGACCUUAUGGACCAGGAGGAGCCGGUGGCCCAGGUGGAUUCGGACCAGGAGCCGGAGGUGCUGGAGGACCUUACGGACCCGGAGGUGCUGGAGGACCCGGAGGAGCUGGAGGAGUAGGACCAGGUGGAGCUGGAGGGUAUGGACCCGGUGGAUCCGGACCUUAUGGACCAGGAGGAGCUGGACCAGGUGGUGCUGGACCGGGUGGAGCCGGACCUUAUGGACCAGGAGGAUCUGGACCAGGAGGAGCUGGACCAGGUGGAGCUGGACCGGGUGGAGCUGGACCAGGUGGUGCUGGACCAGGAGGUGCUGGACCAGGAGGUGCUGGAGGAGAGGGUCCCAUAACAGUGGAUGUCGAUGUGACUAUUUACCCUGAAGGAGAAGGACCUGGAGGUUCUGGACCAGGUGGUGCUGGAUUUGGACCUGGAGGAGCAUCUGGUGGGCCAGGAGGUCCUGGAGGAGCGUAUGGACCAGGAGGAGCAGGUGGAGCCGGACCUUAUGGCCCAGGUGGAUCAGGACCCGGUGGAGCCGGAGGAGGAGCCGGGCCUUAUGGACCUGGUGGCUCAGGACCAGGAGGAGCCGGUGGCCCAGGUGGAUUCGGACCAGGAGCCGGAGGUGCUGGAGGACCUUACGGACCCGGAGGUGCUGGAGGACCCGGAGGAGCUGGAGGAGUAGGACCAGGUGGAGCUGGAGGGUAUGGACCCGGUGGAUCCGGACCUUAUGGACCAGGAGGAGCUGGACCAGGUGGUGCUGGACCGGGUGGUGCUGGACCAGCAGGUGCUGGACCAGGAGGUGCUGGAGGAGAGGGUCCCAUAACAGUGGAUGUCGAUGUGACUAUUUACCCUGAAGGAGAAGGACCUGGAGGUUCUGGACCAGGUGGUGCUGGAUUUGGACCUGGAGGAGCAUCUGGUGGGCCAGGAGGUCCUGGAGGAGCGUAUGGACCAGGAGGAGCAGGUGGAGCCGGACCUUAUGGCCCAGGUGGAUCAGGACCCGGUGGAGACGGAGGUUACGGACCAGGAGGAGCCGGGCCUUAUGGACCUGGAGGAUCAGGACCAGGAGGAGCCGGGCCUUACGGACCUGGUGGAUCUGUACCAGGAGGAGCCGGGCCUUAUGGACCUGGUGGCUCGGGACCAGGAGGAGCCGGACCUUAUGGACCAGGAGGAGCCGGUGGCCCAGGUGGAUUCGGACCAGGAGCCGGAGGUGCUGGAGGACCUUACGGACCCGGAGGAGCUGGAGGAGUAGGACCAGGUGGAGCUGGAGGGUAUGGACCCGGUGGAUCCGGACCUUAUGGACCAGGAGGAGCUGGACCAGGUGGUGCUGGACCGGGUGGAGCCGGACCUUAUGGACCAGGAGGAUCUGGACCAGGAGGAGCUGGACCAGGUGGAGCUGGACCGGGUGGAGCUGGACCAGGUGGUGCUGGACCAGGAGGUGCUGGACCAGGAGGUGCUGGAGGAGAGGGUCCCAUAACAGUGGAUGUCGAUGUGACUAUUUACCCUGAAGGAGAAGGACCUGGAGGUUCUGGACCAGGUGGUGCUGGAUUUGGACCUGGAGGAGCAUCUGGUGGGCCAGGAGGUCCUGGAGGAGCGUAUGGACCAGGAGGAGCAGGUGGAGCCGGACCUUAUGGCCCAGGUGGAUCAGGACCCGGUGGAGCCGGAGGUUACGGACCAGGAGGAGCCGGGCCUUAUGGACCUGGUGGAUCAGGACCAGGAGGAGCCGGGCCUUAUGGACCUGGUGGAUCUGGACCAGGAGGAGCCGGGCCUUAUGGACCUGGUGGCUCAGGACCAGGAGGAGCCGGUGGCCCAGGUGGAUUCGGACCAGGAGCCGGAGGUGCUGGAGGACCUUACGGACCCGGAGGUGCUGGAGGACCCGGAGCUGGAGGAGUAGGACCAGGUGGAGCUGGAGGGUAUGGACCCGGUGGAUCCGGACCUUAUGGACCAGGAGGAGCUGGACCAGGUGGUGCUGGACCGGGUGGAGCCGGACCUUAUGGACCAGGAGGAUCUGGACCAGGAGGAGCUGGACCAGGUGGAGCUGGACCAGGUGGAGCUGGACCAGGUGGAGCUGGACCGGGUGGAGCUGGACCAGGUGGUGCUGGACCAGCAGGUGCUGGACCAGGAGGAGAAGGACCUGGAGGUUCUGGACCAGGUGGUGCUGGAUUUGGACCUGGAGGAGCAUCUGGUGGGCCAGGAGGUCCUGGAGGAGCGUAUGGACCAGGAGGAGCAGGUGGAGCCGGACCUUAUGGCCCAGGUGGAUCAGGACCCGGUGGAGCCGGAGGUUACGGACCAGGAGGAGCCGGGCCUUAUGGACCUGGAGGAUCAGGACCAGGAGGAGCCGGGCCUUACGGACCUGGUGGAUCUGGACCAGGAGGAGCCGGGCCUUAUGGACCUGGUGGCUCGGGACCAGGAGGAGCCGGACCUUAUGGACCAGGAGGAGCCGGUGGCCCAGGUGGAUUCGGACCAGGAGCCGGAGGUGCUGGAGGACCUUACGGACCCGGAGGAGCUGGAGGAGUAGGACCAGGUGGAGCUGGAGGGUAUGGACCCGGUGGAUCCGGACCUUAUGGACCAGGAGGAGCUGGACCAGGUGGUGCUGGACCGGGUGGAGCCGGACCUUAUGGACCAGGAGGAUCUGGACCAGGUGGAGCUGGACCAGGUGGAGCUGGACCGGGUGGAGCUGGACCAGGUGGUGCUGGACCAGCAGGUGCUGGACCAGGAGGUGCUGGAGGAGAGGAAGGACCUGGAGGUUCUGGACCAGGUGGUGCUGGAUUUGGACCUGGAGGAGCAUCUGGUGGGCCAGGAGGUCCUGGAGGAGCGUAUGGACCAGGAGGUGGAGCCGGACCUUAUGGCCCAGGUGGAUCAGGACCCGGUGGAGCCGGAGGUUACGGACCAGGAGGAGCCGGGCCUUAUGGACCUGGAGGAUCAGGACCAGGAGGAGCCGGGCCUUACGGACCUGGUGGAUCUGGACCAGGAGGAGCCGGGCCUUAUGGACCUGGUGGCUCGGGACCAGGAGGAGCCGGACCUUAUGGACCAGGAGGAGCCGGUGGCCCAGGUGGAUUCGGACCAGGAGCCGGAGGUGCUGGAGGACCUUACGGACCCGGAGGAGCUGGAGGAGUAGGACCAGGUGGAGCUGGAGGGUAUGGACCCGGUGGAUCUGGACCUUAUGGACCAGGAGGAGCUGGACCAGGUGGUGCUGGACCGGGUGGAGCCGGACCUUAUGGACCAGGAGGAUCUGGACCAGGAGGAGCUGGACCAGGUGGAGCUGGACCAGGUGGAGCUGGACCAGGUGGAGCUGGACCGGGUGGAGCUGGACCAGGUGGUGCUGGACCAGCAGGUGCUGGACCAGGAGGUGCUGGAGGAGAGGGUCCCAUAACAGUGGAUGUCGAUGUGACUAUUUACCCUGAAGGAGAAGGACCUGGAGGUUCUGGACCAGGUGGUGCUGGAUUUGGACCUGGAGGAGCAUCUGGUGGGCCAGGAGGUCCUGGAGGAGCGUAUGGACCAGGAGGAGCAGGUGGAGCCGGACCUUAUGGCCCAGGUGGAUCAGGACCCGGUGGAGCCGGAGGUUACGGACCAGGAGGAGCCGGGCCUUAUGGACCUGGAGGAUCAGGACCAGGAGGAGCCGGGCCUUACGGACCUGGUGGAUCUGGACCAGGAGGAGCCGGGCCUUAUGGACCUGGUGGCUCGGGACCAGGAGGAGCCGGACCUUAUGGACCAGGAGGAGCCGGUGGCCCAGGUGGAUUCGGACCAGGAGCCGGAGGUGCUGGAGGACCUUACGGACCCGGAGGAGCUGGAGGAGUAGGACCAGGUGGAGCUGGAGGGUAUGGACCCGGUGGAUCCGGACCUUAUGGACCAGGAGGAGCUGGACCAGGUGGUGCUGGACCGGGUGGAGCCGGACCUUAUGGACCAGGAGGAUCUGGACCAGGUGGAGCUGGACCAGGUGGAGCUGGACCAGGUGGAGCUGGACCGGGUGGAGCUGGACCAGGUGGUGCUGGACCAGCAGGUGCUGGACCAGGAGGUGCUGGAGGAGAGGAAGGACCUGGAGGUUCUGGACCAGGUGGUGCUGGAUUUGGACCUGGAGGAGCAUCUGGUGGGCCAGGAGGUCCUGGAGGAGCGUAUGGACCAGGAGGAGCAGGUGGAGCCGGACCUUAUGGCCCAGGUGGAUCAGGACCCGGUGGAGCCGGAGGUUACGGACCAGGAGGAGCCGGGCCUUAUGGACCUGGAGGAUCAGGACCAGGAGGAGCCGGGCCUUACGGACCUGGUGGAUCUGGACCAGGAGGAGCCGGGCCUUAUGGACCUGGUGGCUCGGGAGUAGGAGGAGCCGGACCUUAUGGACCAGGAGGAGCCGGUGGCCCAGGUGGAUUCGGACCAGGAGCCGGAGGUGCUGGAGGACCUUACGGACCCGGAGGAGUAGGACCAGGUGGAGCUGGAGGGUAUGGACCCGGUGGAUCCGGACCUUAUGGACCAGGAGGAGCUGGACCAGGUGGUGCUGGACCGGGUGGAGCCGGACCUUAUGGACCAGGAGGAUCUGGACCAGGAGGAGCUGGACCAGGUGGAGCUGGACCAGGUGGAGCUGGACCAGGUGGAGCUGGACCAGGUGGAGCUGGACCAGGUGGUGCUGGACCAGCAGGUGCUGGACCAGGAGGUGCUGGAGGAGAGGGUCCCAUAACAGUGGAUGUCGAUGUGACUAUUUACCCUGAAGGAGAAGGACCUGGAGGUUCUGGACCAGGUGGUGCUGGAUUUGGACCUGGAGGAGCAUCUGGUGGGCCAGGAGGUCCUGGAGGAGCGUAUGGACCAGGAGGAGCAGGUGGAGCCGGACCUUAUGGCCCAGGUGGAUCAGGACCCGGUGGAGCCGGAGGUUACGGACCAGGAGGAGCCGGGCCUUAUGGACCUGGAGGAUCAGGACCAGGAGGAGCCGGGCCUUACGGACCUGGUGGAUCUGGACCAGGAGGAGCCGGGCCUUAUGGACCUGGUGGCUCGGGACCAGGAGGAGCCGGACCUUAUGGACCAGGAGGAGCCGGUGGCCCAGGUGGAUUCGGACCAGGAGCCGGAGGUGCUGGAGGACCUUACGGACCCGGAGGAGCUGGAGGAGUAGGACCAGGUGGAGCUGGAGGGUAUGGACCCGGUGGAUCCGGACCUUAUGGACCAGGAGGAGCUGGACCAGGUGGUGCUGGACCGGGUGGAGCCGGACCUUAUGGACCAGGUGGAGCUGGACCGGGUGGAGCUGGACCGGGUGGAGCCGGACCUUAUGGACCAGGUGGAGCUGGACCGGGUGGAGCUGGACCAGGUGGUGCUGGACCGGGAGGUGCUGGACCAGGAGGUGCUGGACCAGGAGGUGCUGGAGGAGAGGAAGGACCUGGAGGUUCUGGACCAGGUGGUGCUGGAUUUGGACCUGGAGGAGCAUCUGGUGGGCCAGGAGGUCCUGGAGGAGCGUAUGGACCAGGAGGAGCAGGUGGAGCCGGACCUUAUGGCCCAGGUGGAUCAGGACCCGGUGGAGCCGGAGGUUACGGACCAGGAGGAGCCGGGCCUUAUGGACCUGGUGGAUCUGGACCAGGAGGAGCCGGGCCUUAUGGACCUGGUGGCUCAGGACCAGGAGGAGCCGGGCCUUAUGGACCAGGAGGAGCCGGUGGCCCAGGUGGAUUCGGACCAGGAGCCGGAGGUGCUGGAGGACCUUACGGACCCGGAGGUUCAGGAGCUGGAGGAGUAGGACCAGGUGGAGCUGGAGGAGUAGGACCAGGUGGAGCUGGAGGGUAUGGACCCGGUGGAUCCGGACCUUAUGGACCAGGAGGAGCUGGACCAGGUGGUGCUGGACCGGGUGGAGCCGGACCUUAUGGACCAGGAGGAUCUGGACCAGGUGGAGCUGGACCAGGUGGAGCUGGACCGGGUGGAGCUGGACCAGGUGGUGCUGGACCAGGAGGUGCUGGACCAGGAGGUGCUGGAGGAGAGGGUCCCAUAACAGUGGAGGUCGAUGUGACUGUUUUCCCUGAAGGAACAGGAGCAGGUCCUGAAGGCAGCGGAUCGGGUGGAGCUGGACCAUUAUUUACAUCUGGUGCUAGUGGUCCUGGAGGAGCAUACGGAUCAGGAAUUGGAGGAGGUGCACCUGGCGGUCAAGCAUAUGGCGGACCAUCUAGGAUGUCAUCGUUGGUGAACGGAGUGCUAAGCUCCAUGCAGCCAUCCGGAUUCAACUAUCAGAAUUUCGGAAAUCUUAUGUCUCAGUACUCCACGGGUUCCGGAACCUGCAAUAGCAAUGACAUGAAUCUGAUGAUGGACGCACUCAUGGCGGCCUUGCAUAGCCUCUCUUAUGGAGGAUCCGGCUCAGUCCCCUCUACCCCGUCGUAUUCGGCGAUGUCUGCCUACAACCAAUCUAUCCGCAGAAUGUUUGCAUAUUAAAAUUCAUCUGUAAUUCCUUAUUGUAUAAAAUUAGAAAUAAAAGCAAUAAAAUGU